AUGGGCUGGCCCGUGUGUAAUUUGACGGAAGAAAAUGAGACCAUCCAUGAGAUCGACUUGUGGGAUGGCGGUCUGACCUUUCACGAGCUCUCCCUCAUCAUCAUCGGUGGUUUCGCAGUACUUGCGGUGUUGAUUUCGUUUUGUCUGAUUAUGCUCCAUGCCACACAUUACAGCAAACCCGUAGAGCAGCGCCAUAUUAUUCGCAUCCUGCUUAUGAUCCCCAUCUAUUCCCUCGUCGCUUGGUUGAGUACCUUCUACUACAAAAAUGCCGUCUACUACUCCGUUCUCGGCGACUGCUACGAAGCGUUCACGAUCUCUGCGUUCUUUGCCUUACUGUGUCACUACAUCGCUCCGGACCUACACAGCCAAAAGGAAUACUUCCGUGGAAUCCAGCCGAAGAACUGGGUCUGGCCUAUCCCUUGGCUUCAGAAAUGUACUGGGGGUCAAAAUGGCAUUUGGAGGGUUCCGCGGAGUGGUUUGACUUGGUUUAAUGUGAUUUGGGUUGGCGUUUUUCAGUACUGCCUUCUACGUGUCCUUAUGACUAUUCUUGCCGUUGUUACACAAAAAUUCGAAGUGUACUGUGAAGAAUCACUUAGUCCCGCAUUUGCCCAUGUUUGGGUCCUAGCGAUUGAGUGUGUUGCGGUCACAAUCGCAAUGUACUGUCUCGUUCAAUUUUACGUCCAGAUCCAUAGUGACAUCCGCGAGUACUCGCCUUUCCUGAAAAUCGCCUCUAUCAAGCUGGUCAUUUUCCUUUCAUUCUGGCAGACGAGUCUGAUCUCCUUCUUAUUCUCUUCUAACGUCAUCAAAUCCUCGGAAAAAAUAGCAACUCCUGAUCUAAAAGUCGGACUUGCAAAUUUAAUCAUCAGUGUUGAAAUGGCCUUUUUCUCUAUUUUGCAUAUCUGGGCGUUCCCGUGGAAGCCAUACUCGAUUGGGUUCCAAUCAGAUGAAGUGACCGACUUAUACGGGGCCGGGAAACGUUCCUAUCAUGGUGGUCGGUGGGGCAUGGGCGCUCUUCUCGACGCCCUCAACCCUAUUGACCUCCUCAGGGCCGUGGGCCGCAGCAUGCGCUGGCUGUUUGUCGGCCGGAAGAAGCGGACACUGGACCCGAGUUAUCAACAUUCAGCUGAAACAAUCGGACUGAAUCCGACGCAAGGCGCAACCCAGGCCAACCCGACUAGCUACGAGGGAGCAGGCGCCCUAAUAGCCGGUAGUACCUCGAGUCGUUACGGCCGUGCUCCAGACGAGGAGGGGGAGGUGCUACUUUCCCAUGCUCAACCAACCCCAUCAAGUGGUGACCUGGGGCUAGCUCCCCCGCCCUACGAAGAGGAGCAAAAUCGUUUCUAUAACCCCAACCUCCGAGUCAAUGAUUCCUUGGGUGAAUCAGGAUUCCAUUCUCGACCUUACUCUCCUAUGGAAGAAGCACACCGUGUCCCGUCGAGGACCCCAUCCGAUUCCGACCAAGAUUAUUACCAUGUUCCUGGGAACGCACCUGGCCAGUAUCCUAGUCAACAUAGCCGUUUCCCUUCGUCGGGAGAGUUACAAGUGCAGCCACCUAUCCCUGUACCUGAUUCCUACGACCCAUCAUCACACUACCGAAAUGACUCUCAGCAUGCGCGAAGGUAG